AUGCGUUUGAGCCUGCGCCUGGCUUGUCGCGCCAAGCUCCUUCGGAAGGAGGUAGACGCAAUUGACUUGGAUUACCUGCAGCGUUGCACGGAGAACUUCGCAGAGCAUCGACUGCUGGGGGAGGGAGGCCACGGCAAGGUCUACAAGGCAGUUGACAAAGACGAGCACCUCGAGUUUGCCGCCAAGUGCUUGGUGUGCGAGAAUGAGGAAGAGCGCCAAAUGAUGAACCGCAUGACGGAGGCAGAGAUCACCACACUCACUGCCUUCACACACCCGAACAUCAUCCGCUUGCUCGGCUACUGCAAGACCGAGGACACUGCGGUUUGCUCUACGAGUACCAGCCCGGAGGAAGUGUGGAGACCCAUUUGGACGAAAAGGAGCGCGCAGAAGAUCUCACCUGGACAUUGCGAGCCAAUAUAG